GCAGACAUCGCGCGGCGGCAGUUUGAGGAAAGUGGUGGCGGUGGCUGCGGCGAAAACUGACCGCACACGCCACACACACACACGAUAGGCCUAUUUCCCUUCUCUUCUCGGAUUCAACAAGAACGCAAAAUCGCGAAACGCACGGCUUCCAACAGCACGACGUGGAAUUCCGCGGUGCGCGCGAGCGUCAAAGUGCGCAUUGUUCAAGAAUACGGGCGCACUCGGAGCAUCCAAUAAAAAAAGGAAAUAACUGCCAAGAAAGACAUAAGGGCUCAUCGUGUGGUACGAAACAUCACAGCCAUAGAUCGACAGCUUCACUGUAGUUUGUGUUUUCACGGAUGCGAAGAGAGGGAGAGAAAAGAAACCUUACGUUCAACAACAUCAGGAAUGUCACGUUGCCUUUUUCAGGGUCAGUUUUAGCAAUGCGAUCUUGAAUUUUUAAAAAUCCAUUAUAGCUGGCUAGCACUGCACUGCAGGUCCAAUUAUAUAAAAAUAUUACAAACGAAUAUAAAACUGGUUUUUUUAGGGACGAAAAAAAGGCUUUCGAAAGUCUAGAAUAUGGGGGCAUUGCGUUAGUGGGCCAAGGCCUCUAACUUUUUCAUUUUUGCUUGGAAAAAAAAGAAGAAAUUGUAAUGUCGCAGCUGAGUCGGUGAACGCACUGGCAGGCUACAAGGGUGGCAUUAUGUUCUGACUUGUGUGUUUACGCUUCUCUGUCUCUUCAAUUAUGAUGCAUUCUGUCGUGAUGUGUGGAUACCGAACAUGGCUUAUUAUGUUAUUCCGCGAAAGUGCAAUGGAGAGUUCAUAACAAGGAAGUAGGAAGUACGUGUACCUCACUUUAUUUUGACUUUUUGCUCAUAACAUUGGUCUUCUAAUCCCAGAUGUCCCCAGUGCGUCGUAGCCACCUGGAUUAAUUAAAAGGUGACUCUCAUCUGACCUAAAACAGUAAAAAACAAACAAAAUAAAGCCGCUUUAUAGUGAAGUUUUUAACCUCCUAUGAUGGCCUGUAAAUCAUUAGAUUAAGACAAGAUCGCUUCAGUAUCCGUUUAGCUCGAGGUUCAGAAUGUGAGCUUUUUGUCUGUGAUGAAUGCAGAUACGCAACAGCAAAAACGUUCAUUUCUAUAAAUUUUGUAGAUAACGUAUUUCCCUAAAGGCGUGUUGAGUGAACUUCAAAGUUUUUGAUUGUGCAGUUUCGACGUUUAUUACAAUUGUGAAUUAAUUGGCAAAUGGAGAAAUUACAAGGAUGGCGCCAGGCUAAAGUCGGAGUCCAAGUUCUCUCUGGAUGUACACAGUGAACAUGGGUGUCUUCUGACAGCUUUCACACUCAUUCAAAAUAUAGGCAAAAGGAAUGUCCCAGUCUGAGCUACACGUUCACAACAUGGUGUCUUUGCGGACGUCACUCACCCUCGCCGUCACGUUCAUCGCGACAGUUUCUCUCGUCUCCAUUGACGCCAAGCGAGUCCAUGUGGCCCAGAGACAGCCACAGAGCAUCAGCAACGGCAAUAUCAUUAACAAAAAUAACAACAACAAUAACCCACAGGGCUACAGACUUCAACUCAAAUACAAAGUGACGCGUUUAAACACUUCAGCGUCGGCUGUCGUCCAACUCCCAGAGGCCACAACCAGCCUCUCGGGCCUCCGCAGUGCGAUCGUUCUCAGCAACAGCAAACGGACUUUCCAGUCACUGACGUCACAGCCAGACCGCACCAACAACGAACGAGGCGCCAAACGUAUUCCGUUUUCGUCUCAGAAAUCGAGCCAUGGUGGGUUGCAGCUGCCCAAAGGACUGACAAGUAGUGGCAAUGACGUCGAUGGUACGUCGAGGACAGACAGCAGUUUGUCCAGGAAGAGCUCGUCUCUUUCCCAACGACAACAAAGGCGCCGUCAACUCGAGAAACGACGACGACGAAGACGUCGGAGAAAGAACCGACGUGAUUCUCGUCGAAAAUCCAAUAGCAGAUACAGCAACAGGGAUAGAGAUGCCAAACGGAGGAAGAAGCUCAGAGGAAUCUCCAAACUGGUGUUUCAGCGGCUAAGCGCGAACAGCGACAAGGGCAGCAGCCGCGGAACACAGAGCGGGUCUGGCAGAGGAAAAGACUCUUCGAGAAGGAGGAAAGGUCGCAAAAAGUCAAAGAACAAAAAGAUCGUCAUUGCCGAGCAGGUGAAUUUCCCGCCGCUAAAGGAACGUUGCAAGACCCAACCGAUGCAGCAGGAGAUUCGAGUCGAGGGUUGCUCGGCCAAAUCUAUCAUGAACAACUUCUGUUACGGAACGUGUAUUUCUGUUUACAUUCCUGAGGCUCGAGGAACGGGCGACGGUGAUCCUUCCUUUGUCUCUUGUGGCUUCUGCAGACCACGUGAUGUCCAGCACAUAUCUGUCCAGCUGAGGUGUCGCUCGAGGAACGGGCGGGUGAGGCUGGAGAGGAGGAGAGUUCCCUAUGUUAAGGAAUGUCGGUGUAUGGCUCAGAAAGUGCAGCUCUAGAAAUGUGGGGUUGUUGUAGUUGACCAAUAGUAGAAAAAAAACAGUCGUCAGGUCUGGAUCCUCAGGUCUGGUCCUUCAAUUGACAGGCGUUGCUAUCGUCGUAAAAACUGUCAGAGGGAAGAAAGAACUGAAGUAUCCCUCCAUGCUGAUCAGAUUACGACGGCGUCAGGGACCCAGGCACCAACACGUUAGCCCUUUCUUCGAUGUCGUGCUACACAGAAAAUACAGGUAGCAAAGUGCGGCCUUUGUCGUACUCAUCUGACCUCAAUGAAAAUUCAAACGUUUUAUCAGUGUCAAAAUCAUAUGGCGCAAAAAGAAUCCGUGAUAUUCUAAACUUGGACCCCACCCCCGUUAUUCAACACUCUGAGUUCGAUGAUGAUCAGUUGGAUCAUACAUACAGGUUAAAAAACGUCUGGAACAACUUGUCGGAUACCGGGAAAGUUUCUCUCAAGCGGCGGAAGGCCCUGACUAUGGUGUUGAGGUAUAUUUCCUUCUAACUUCUAGUAAUUAUAAUGACACCCACACAUAAACAGCAAACUUUGCUAGAUAAAUCAAAGACUUGGGAAACACGACACAAGGCGCGAAAUAGUGUGCAAGUGUUCUGGCAUUGAAACAUUAUUAUAACGUAUUACGUGUAUCAUUGCUGUCAUGUUGAAUCUGGAGCCAUUACUUUGAUGUUUGUUUCAAUGAAAGCAUGGGUGCUGUUUGCAACCUAUCUUAAUUAAGAAUACGGACUGAUAUUGAACGUUUGUUCUGCAUAUUAUUAUUCUGGUAUCUGUUGUCAAUUUGUUUAUAUCGUUGACCCUUUAGACAUCCCCACCCGUUACCUACCCUCUUCCUCUACGUGUUUCUUGAAUGUUCAAACUGAGCGUAAACACGUAUAAACUCCGCUAUUUUCCGUGUCUGUCAAUUUUACUUGCCUUAUGUAGAUAUUUGUUUUUCAGUUGAUGUAUGCUGUGGUUGUGUUACCAAAGGUUUGUUCUUUAUUGACCCCAAUAAAAUCGUCAUUUUCCUGUUAUGUGCAUGUGCAUUUUUAAAGUACAAACUGUUCUUUGUAAUACAUGUAAUGCACUCAGAUUUUGAGUGAGAUGUUUCAAUACAUUAUUUUAGGUAGGACUGUUGUCGUGUAAAGGAGAGGAGACAUAUUCUAACGUAGAACCUGUCAAAAAUUAACCUAGUCUAAUAAGAUAUUGAACCAGAACCUAAUACUGUGCUUAUGAAUUGCAUCAUGGAUAGAGAUUGUGAGCAAAAACCUGUGAAUACUAAUCUUCCUUUGGGUCAUCGUUUAUGCUUUGACCGAAGGUUCUAUGGCUAAAAUUGUGUGCUUUCUUUUGUGGCUCUUUUGCAAUAGGCCUAAUGGUGAACUAUUUUAACGCUCAUAUAAUUACCAAAUCAAAAUGUCGAACGCUUAUUAAGUGGGAAUCUGCAUAUGGAUUUAAAAAGGGGAGAAAAUUAUGUUGAUCAUCUAUCUAUAAACAAAUCAUGAUUUUACUUUUCCCUUCUUGAAAUUACUCGAAAGAGUUUUUUGUGGAGGCGAAAGUACUGUUAUAGCCACUGUUACUGUACUCUUUUAUAUAGACAUGCAAUUCUCAAUUUACGUUCUGAUCCAUCCCUAUUGAAGGAAUAACCUGUCAUAAAAGGUUGCUGAGUACAAGAAAGGAGAGCUUCUCAAACAUUGCUACAAAGGGCUGAAAGAAGUAGGCCUAAGAUUACCAUGACCCACAAUCUGGCCUCGGUUGUUAAGCUAGAGGGUUUGUUAUACAACUCGGGGACUUUUAUUUAUCUCAGCGGAUGGUGGGAGCUACAAGCCUAGAGGUCUGAUGUCACGUCGAGUUACGUAAGUGGUCUCUACUACUACUGUUCAAAGAAAAUAAUAUGCAGCUGUUCAACAGUGCGGGCAGAGCACAGCUUUGGUUUUGCGGUGGACGAUAGCAUAGUAGGCUUGGGAAAAAUAACCUGUUUCACCUGCUGCAAUUUAUACACAAAUAUGGAAUAGUACUCUACGUGCAAUAUUUGAACGAAAAUCAUAUUUCGAAUUCCUGUAUAGUCACGGCAACUUAAUAUUUUAACAUGUAUAUAUAUAUAUUUCUCUAACCGUGAAAGCUUAGAGAACCCACCCCCCUCCCCCCACCCAUGAAAUUCUUCUUUCCACAAACUGGAAUGCUAUAGGGAAAUUUCUUGCAAACUUUUGUUUCAUUUUUUAAAUUAAGAAAUCAAACAUUGAAAGAACAUCAUCAACUCCAGGUUGAUUUUUGUCCGUUAUUAAGUUAGUGACCUACUUGUUUGUUGUGGAAGAGCUCAGAGGUUACACGUGUACCUGUAUGCGAUGGAGCGCUUUGUAAAUGCAUUAUUACUAUCACUACUAUCAUCAUCAUCAUCAUCAUCAUCAUCAUCAUCAUCAUCAUCAUCAUCAUCAUUUCACUUAUUAUUAUCAUUACUGUUAUAAUUGUUAUCGUCAACAAGAGAAUGUACUUUUCAAGGGUUUCCGGGGGAUUCUAGCUGAUCAGAGUGAAGUCGGUAUUUGCAUUAGUUGCGCUAAAAAUAGAUGAAAGGUUGAGUAUGUAGGCUGCAUUAUACCAGAAUAUUACAAGUUGGUUCACUCUCUACAAAGAGGGCCUCGACCCCGGCCAAUAUAUUUUAAGCUUAGAUGUUACAAUCAGCGUUUACAAAAAUAAAUAAAUAAAAAAG